AUAUGUAAGGAGAGAGGGGGUUGUGCUAGGGAAUAGACUCUUCCUUAAAAGAUAAUUCACCUUUUGGACAAAAAUAAUAAAUGCACAUUUUUUUGCAGGUACAAAAAUGUGCAUUUAUUAUUUUUGUCCAAAGGAGAAUGGAAAGCAUUGCAUCAGUGAUCAGUAGAUUGCUAAUGCUAUGCAGGUCUCCUGCAGACUUGUCUGAAUAUCUGCUAGCCAUACGAGAUGUACGGCCAAGCAGAUAUAUACUCUGACAGGAAGCUUCAAGGAACUACCAUGGCCCUC